AUGCAGCAGAUGGAGGCUGCAAGGCUGGAGGAGAGCAAGGCGACGACCCCUGUGUUUGGUCCUGAGCCACGACCUACGGUCAGGGAGUGGAGCUUGGAGGACUUUCUGAAGCACCACCCAGCAAAGUUUGAUGGGAAGACCAGUCCUGACGCUGCAGACCAAUGGCUGAAGGACCUGGAGCUCAUCUAUGACGCCAAGAUGUGCCCUACGGAGGACAGGUUGGCGUUCUCGGUUUAUAUGCUCAUGGGAGAGGCAGAACAUUGGUGGAGCAGCACCAGAUCUAUCCUAGAGGAGAGGGAUGAGCCAGUGUCAUGGGAGACUUUCAGGGAGAGAUUUCUAUCUGAGUACUUUCCUGACAGCAUCCGGUACGCCAAGGAGGAGUUGGAGGUGAUCUUAGGAAUCGAUUGGCUCUUUGCCAAUCGCAUUCUGAUAGAUUGUCGGGAGAAGAAGUUGCUGUUUCCCGACUCAGAUGAGCUUGAGUUGGUGUCCUCUCAGGGUGUUAUGAGGGAACUACAGGACGACGCGCAGUGUUACAUGAUCUUCACGCAUAUGGAGGUGGAGAGGGGAGAGACGACGUCGGUGAUACCAGUAGUCCAGGACUUUGGGGAUGUGUUUCCAGAAGAGUGUGUGGACUACAGGCAGCUGAACAAGAUGACGAUCAAGAAUAAGUAUCCGCUCCCGAGGAUUGAUGACUUGAUGGAUCAGUUGCAUGGGUCAUCGGUGUUCUCGAAGAUAGAUCUGCGAUUGGGUUAUCAUCAGAUUUUGGUAAAGGCUGAUGAUGUACAGAAGACAGCCUUCAGGUCGAGGUAUGACCACUAUGAGUAUGUGGUUAUGCCGUUUGGUGUGACCAACGCCCCAGCGGUGUUCAUGGACUACAUGAAUAGGAUCUUCCGACCUUUCCUAGAUAAGUUUGUCGUGGUCUUCAUAGACGACAUCCUUAUCUAUUCCAGGACUCAGGAGGAGCAUGCAGAACAUCUGAGGUUGGUGCUUGGUGUUUUGAGAGAGAAGCAGUUGUAUGCCAAGUUGUCCAAGUGUGAGUUCGGGAUUGCAGUGGAUCCAACGAAGGUCGAGGUAGUGGUAAAAUGGGAAAGUCCUAAAUCAGCCACAGAGAUCAGGAGCUUUGUGGGGUUAGCAGGAUACUACAGGAGGUUCAUAGAGGGAUUCUCCAAGAUUGUGGAACCUUUGACUUUGCUUAUCCGGAAGGACCAACCCUUCACCUGGAUGGAUAAGUGUGAGGAGAGUUUCCAGGAACUGAAGAGGAGAUUGACCAGUGCACCGAUACUAGUGAUCCCGGAUGUCGAAAAGCCGUUUGAGGUCUACUGUGACGCCUUCCGCCUUGGACUUGGAUGUUUGGCAGCGAUAGUAUUUGCCUUGAAGAUCUGGAGGCACUAUCUUUAUGGUGCUCAGUUUUGGGUAUUCAGCGACCAUAAGAGCCUUAAGUACUUGUUUGAUCAGAAGGAGCUGAAUACGAGAGAGAGACAGUUGUUGGAUGUCAGUUUGAGCAGAGUCAGAGAACAGCUUGGGUCGGAAGAGGCUAGAGAUUUUACUUUGGGUGAUGAUGGUAUACUGCGGUUUCAGGAUCGGGUAUGCGUACCUGAUGAUGCUGAGGAUGGAGAGGCAGUGUUGGUUGAACCGGAGUUGUUAGCGCAGACCACCGAGAAGGUGGGGAUGGUUGAGGAACGUCGUGGAAAGACCGGUUGGAUCUGUCGUUUUGAUGUGCGAAAAUACUUUGCAUGUGUUGUUUGGUCGGAAAACUUGGCUGUUGCAGUCAAGAACAGUGGCGAGACCUGUUAA